UUUAGAUAUUGAUCCAGUAUUCCGUCGUAGUUACAAACUCAGUGAGUCAGAGGCUAAAACACCCGGACCUGUUAAACUCGCCUGUUUAACGAGGGCAAAACAAACAAACACGGCGGAAAAAAUGCCCAAGAGGAAGUCACCUGAGGGAGCGGAGGGGAAAGACUCUACGAAAGUCACAAAGCAGGAGCCCACUCGGAGGUCAGAGCGCCUCUCCUCGAAACCGGCUCCUCCUAAACCUGAUCCCAAGCCCAAAAAAGCUGUAGCUAAGAAGGCAUCCGACGACAAAGCGGCAAAAGGGAAGAAGGGCGGAGCCAAAGGGAAGAAGGAGGAGAAAGAGGCGGUGCCCACUGAGAAUGGAGAGACCAAGCCAGAGGGGGAAUCCGCGACCACUGAGGCCGAGGAAGAAGCUAAGGAGUGACUCGAGUUGGUUUUCCGGGAAUUGGAAAAGACAUUUUUUUAUUCUUUAUUGAGUAUUUUGUAAGAUGCUAACUUUUUUUAGACUUGUCAUUGUAGAUUUACUUAGCUAGCUCACACUCCUACCAGAAGUCCCUGUUCUACUCUGUUAUCACCAGAUCGGACAGAUCUGUCGACGAUAAACGAGAAAACGUUGUUUUUGGGGGUUUUUUUUUUCUUAAAUGUUUCACCAGCAGCAGCCAUAUCAGUUAAUAACUUUGUAGUCGGUUGGAAACCUGCGUCUUACGUCCCCUCCAGUUACGUAACAACACGUGCUUAAUGUUUGUGCCGCACUGAAUGAGUCAUCUGGACAUUCAGGCUCAUAAGUUUAGUGUUUAUUUUGAUUCUUCUGGGUUUUUUUUUUUAAUUAUAAUCUCUUGUAUAAUGUAUAAUAAUAAUGUCGCUGAAUGAGAAAGAUGCGACUGAAAGAAGGAAAAAAAAUUGUUUCCAGUUUUUUUUUAAUCCUUUUUAAUGGGCAGAUUGGGACUUGUGGACACCUUUUGAUUUUUUUUUUUUAAUUGCUAAUUUGAAUAUGAUCCUUAACGAAAUGGCACACAACCAUAGCAAUAAACGGAGGGUGCUGAGAGUGACGUUUGUUCUGAAACUGAACCUGACGUGCUUCUGGAGAUCCGCCUGCCUGGCUGGCUUGGGAUAUUGUCUGUGAAAAUGUGUUUUCAAAUAAAACCAUGAAAGGAAAAA